CUUCCUUCUUCUUCAUCAUCUGUCUCUCUCUCUCUCUCUAUUCUCUCUCUUCUGUUCAUUGUUAGAUGUAGAAGAUGGCCCUGGCCCCCCUCCCUCUUCUUCUCACCUGAUCUCCAGAUUCUCUACAUUCAAUUAUCAUCAUCAUCUUCUUCUUCUUCUUCUUCUUCUACUAAUUAAACCUCAUCUUCUCUUUUAUUCUCCAUAUCUCUCUCUCUCUCUCUUCUAUCUCUCUAUUGCAGUUACAGUUGCAGUUUCAGAAGAAGAAGAAGUAAUUGAAUGAGAGAUCCUAGUGCAGAUAUGAACGGAAUGAUCAGUACGGAAUAUUUGGAGAGAUGUCUCCAAAAGUGUUCUCUCAACAACAACACCACCAACAACAACAACAACGUUGUCGGAGAAGACUUGUCUUCUUCGUCUUCGUCGGCGGAAUCUCCCGGAAACUAUAUUAUCGACGAUCAAUCGAGCAGCAUCGGAGAAGAAGAAGAUGAAGAAACUACGCUCGACCUCAACUCUCAUAUCUCUCUUCCUCUUCACUGGGAACGAUGCCUCGAUCUCAAGAGUGGAGAAAUAUACUACAUAAACUGGAGGACAGGGAAGAAGGUUUGGGAGGAGGAUCAUGUGAACAACACCAAUAUGUACUACUCACCAUCUUCCUACGACGGUUGCAGCGAGGAGUCUAAUUCAUCUGCAGGAGGAGGAGGAGGAGGAGGAAUGUCGUCUCUAUCUUCAUCAUCAUCAUCUGCGUCCUCCUCUUGUUUUUCUUCCAGAGACCACCAAUGCUAUGGUGGUGGUGGUGGUGGUGGUGGUGGUGGUGGGGAAGAGUAUCGAAAGAAGAACAAUAAGAAGAAGAAGAAGAAAAAGACUACCAAGAUGAUGCUGAUGAUGAUGAAGAAGAAGAUGGAUGUAGAUCAGGAAGUAGAAGUAGAAGAAGAAGAAGAAGAAGAGCAUCAGCAGCAGCAGCAGGUGUUGGUGGUUGCAGGUUGCAGAAACUGUUUCAUGUAUUACAUGGUGCCCAGACUUGUUCAGGAUUGCCCUAAAUGCUUCACUCAGCUCCUUCACUUUGAUCAUGAUGAACAACCCCCAUCUUCUUCUUCAUCUCCUUCCUGAUCUUCCUAUUAAUUUGUUCUUCUCCAUCAUUUCUAUUUUCGUUUUACAUAAUACAUUUUCAUCAUCAUCAUCAUCUUGUGAUUUGGAUUCAUAAUAUCACUGGUCUUUCUUUAUUACCAUCUCUAAUUGUAGUAACAUGAACCAAUUCACCCCACUUCACGCCACCUUUCUUUUCA